CGUUGUUCACUCUUCCUCGUCGUCGACCGUCGUAACAAAAAUUUGAAUUUUGUGCAAAAGUCAAGACGAAUUUCUGUGCUUUUUCGGCAUAUCUUUGUAGAUAAAGUGCAGUGCUAGUGUUUGUCGCAAAAGUUUGCGUCCCGGGGGCGGGGAAUUGGACCUAAAUUGCUCCCGAAAUUGUGGAAAAUUGUGUCGCCCGUUCUUUAAGAAGUAGCACGAAAGGAAAAGUGAAACUCAGCGCAGUGUCUUCCUGCUGGUAUCGAUUUGUGUUUGUUUUAAUUUUUCUUUCCCCUUGGCAAGAUAUUUGGCUUCCUAAAUAGUGUGUAGUGAUAUUUUUUGUAAGUUUUUGCCGGAUUUCGAAAAAAGUUUUGGAGGCGGAAACCCGACGUAGUCCGACAAAAGAAAUGAGAUAAAUUGGAUGGGCGCCCCCCAUUUCGCCAUAAGCAGUCUGAGAGAAGUGGAGACACUAAAAGCACCAGUAAAGCGCACACACGAAGAAAAUGACGAAACUGGUUUCACAACUGUCGUCGAGCGCCAGUGAUCAACCACUUCCGGUUUCAGAACCAAGUGAUGAUCGAGAACAAUCACCCCAGGCAAGUUCAACUCCAGCAAAACAAACAACAACAACACCAACCGGAAAACGACCUCAGCAGCUGCACCCAACACCUCCACCUAGUCGGAGGACCUCAACACGUUUGACCUCAAUCCGAAAUGAUAGUCUGUCAUCAUCUUCUUCCACUUCAUCUUCAUCGUCCCUUUCUUCGGUUGGAGACUGGGAGACGACCUCUGAAACUAAAGCAACCCCUACCGAGGAUGUCUUCAAAGUGCCAUCAAUUACCCCCGGAGUUGGAUCAGUAUCUGGAGAAGAACAGGCAGAAUCAUCUGGAAUAGUUUGCCGUUUACCACUAGACCGAUUGCAAGCUAUUCUGAGUGCACUGAAUAUUUUGAAGAUUCCUUCGGAUCUCGAGCAAGGAACGAGCUGCUCUAGUCCAAGUCCUACUUACAAGUUGCUAUGUCUGUAUUGCGACCGCACUUUCGCUAGUCAGAAUUUAAUGGCCAAACACACAGACCGAGUGCACCGGAUAUCUAAAGAGCGACGAAGUAGUAGCAGAGUAAUUCCCACGGUCAGUGAUGGAGCAUUUCCCAAUUGUAGCUACUGCAAUAAAGGCAAAGUUGCAACAGCAUCGGACGAUCUAUCGCAACUGUUCAAGCAUUUGGUUGAUCAGCACUCCGAUCGGUAUUUUGCGUGCGAGCCGUGUGGGGUACGAUUUCCUAGUGAUGAAGCUCGUGAUGCGCAUUUAGAAACACUGCAUCCAUCGAGUGACAAUUCGGACCCAAACCGCACUAGACCUAAGUCAAAAGCUGCCCUAAAAAGUUUCAAUGUGAAGAAAAACUGCGAAAUUCUGACAACUCCACUCACCAUUCAAGUUGACUUUGAUACCGAAGCGAUGAAGAAUCUCACUAUUGAAAAUAUCGAUGCCGUAGAUUCUUUGUCUGCUGCAUUGGGACUGGUGAGUUCUACCUCGUCUAGCACGACUCGACUUCGAAGUUCGGGACGAACAUCGGCAACACGAUUGAUGACCUUAGCUGGUGGAUCUAAAUCAAAAUUAGGUAAAAAGUCCGAUAAAGUGAUGAUGCGUUCCUCCGAGCCAAUGCUUUCGAGGCUAGGGAUCGCACAGCACAGAACUUCACAGCAGGGCCGUAAAACGAUCAGCACAAAAACCCGCCGAAAAACAGUUACUGCCGAAAAUGCCGGUUGUUCGUCUUCUCUUUCCUCCACCACCACUUCACAGCCGGACAAUCACUACAACAAAAUAACAAAAUUGAAAACGAUUCGUUCCACGCUGAACAAUCCAAGCGGUAGCUCCGAGAGUGACUUUGUCGUGUCACGUGGAAAGAACGACAUCGUGAGCACAUUUGACGAAGAUUUCUAUGAAAAGGUAAACGCAAAUGUCCGUCAAAAUCUAAGCUGUCACCUGGAUGGUAAAAUUGAAGCCUCGGAUCCUAAUGCACCGUCACCAAUAAGUCCGGUUGCGUCCAUUCCGACAAUACGUUCCACUGUAGUGAAAAGUCCUCUUCAGACCGAAAGUAAGAUCCACGAAGCCACCAAUUUGCCUGCGUUGACCGUCUUUCCAACUCUGCUCACCGUUGAGCAGUACGGAACGGAUUUUUUGCCGGUGUCCAAAAUCAAGAAACCAAUCACUAAAAAUUCCUGGAAGUGGAAAUGGGAUUUUGUCAAAAAGUACAAGUACGUUAGUGAAAACGGUAAAAUCGUGAAGAAAGUUAAGCAACCAACAUUGGGUCUACGUGAUCUGUCUAAGCUGGACAUGUGGACGCAGCUAACCAUGCGAACCAAACAUGAGCUGAUUCGUAACCGUCGAAGUAUGUACCAAGCUGGAAGAUCUAUAACAGAAGUUGGAGAUAGUCUUCGACAGGAGCAGCGCAAACAAGUUGAUGAAUUGAACCAUAUUCUAGAUACACGCGUUCUGCCACAAAUUACCCUCGAACAGCACGAUCAAAGUAUUAUCAAAAUAGAACCAGAAUCAUUGGAUGGUGCUGGGCUUAUGAGAACUCAAGCGAUCGAUGCUCAACACUUCCUGAAUUCGUUAGACGACGACUUCAUAGAGAGUUUGCAUCUUUUGAAGUUGCCAAAUGCAGGCUGCCGUCAACAGGUUAUACUGAGCGGUGAAUGGGCUCGACCUCGUUGUUAUAUCUGCUACUGCUGUGGUGACAAGUUCAGUUCACUCAAACAGGUGGAAGAACACAAAACUUUCCGCCAUCCAUACGUGUACUCUACCUAUUAUGAAAUCGUGGGACGUGAACUAAUUGAAAAGCAACUGUUCAAACAUUUCUUUAUUCCCUUGUCCGCUCUAACCAUGCACCGCAUUCAUUACGCCCGUCUAUCGAGUUAUACUUCGAAUAGUUUUGACUGUCGAACACCGCCGACUCGGCAACCGUCCUCUGAAUCAGCUGCAACCAUCACGGAGAUCAAAAGUGAAGAUUCCUCAUCGAAUGAAGCUACCUCGUUCUCCACGGCAACCUCAUCCUCUUCGUUACUUUCGUUGUCAGGUCAAACUGCAACUAGUGUCGUUUCAUCCUGUUCAUCCCGUUCCACAUUAGAUAUGCUGCUGACAGCUGGACCCGAUUUUGUCACAUCUUUUACCAGCUAUCCAACAGAACCUGGCCCGGUACAGUGUUCUAAGUGUCAAAAGGAAUGCCUCAACACCUUAGUCCUGUACGCACACAUCCUCAACUGCACCAACGACUACAUAUGGCUGCAGGCGAAGAAACGAAUGAAAUAUCGGCGGGCCAACCGACGCAGGAAGGGAUGCAACAAGGCGGCUCUUGCUGCACGGAAGGCCGCCCAGUCGUCCGCAGUCCAUGCUGCGGUUGAAAAAUCAGAAACUGCCAGUAACCAUUCUGGCGUUGAUGCCGACAGUAGCAGCACUAGUGGCUCGGAGUCGAAGAAAAAACCGAAGUCGCCACCCCGCCCAAGGGAGAAAGACAGUGACAUAGUGAAGCGAUUGACCGCUAACUUGCCUGCGAAACGCAUUUCGCGCCAGAUUUUCCAGAUGACAAAACAAAUUCGCAAACGCCCCCAGAUGAGCAUCGUGAAGGGUAAGAAACAGGUUGUUUCCACUCUGGCCCCAUCGAAAGCCGGGGUGCCACGAGGUGCCAAUGCAGCAAUGGUUUCCAAGUUACGCAGUGGUAAAAUUGCCGUUAUUCCAACGGUCAUCAAAAAAGCGACCACCAAGAGUUCAACAACUACUAAACCUUCUACUUCGAAACCAUCGAAACAAUCAGAAGAAUCGCCCAAAACAGUGAAAGCGCAAGAUGAAACAAUCAAGCAAAAUGAUCGCGAGGAUACCAAAGAGCAGAAGGUGGAAGAGAAUAAGGAAGAUAAGACAGAUGCUUCACCUGCAAGUAGUAAAAGAAAACUGGUUUCUCGAGGGCGGAAUAUUCCAGUACGAACGAAACAUUUUGUUACUCGUCGUAACGUGCAGUGGAAAGGAAACAAAACAUUGCAGUUCCGUAAAAAUGCACCGGCAAACAAACGUAUUUUGCGUAGUGGUGUGAAAGUAUUAUCUACUGGUACAAAUAAAAAAACCAAGAAAGUUUUAGCUGUGAAAAAAGAAGUGGAGAAGGGAUUAGUGGACAUCGAAGUGAAUGUCAGUGUGCAAAAUAAUGGUUCUAAACAAAAGGAAAGUGAAAGUCUAGUUGAUGUUCAUGACAAAAGCGAGGAGGUUUCGUCUACUCUUGUUGUCGAAAAUCUACAGGUAGCCGAAGUUAAGACCCAGAUAACUGCUGAGGAGAAAUCGUCAGAGACGGAAAAACCAAUCAAUGAAGAAAUUAAUGUUAAUCCAAUUAUUGAGCCUUGUGUUGAUGAAGUGCCUAAAGAAAUUGCUUUGUGUCCGAAUAGCAAACAGAAUGAAAUACUGCCAGCUCAAGAAAAUGUGAAAAACAGUACUAUUGAGACACCAGUCAAAGAAAUCGAGAAGCUGAAGGAGUCUGCAACGAUGGAAUUAAAAGCUGUUCCGGAAGAAACACCGAAUCAACCGAUUACCCAGGAAAAAGAUAAACCGCUAACACCCGUAAAAUCUCCAUCGCAAGCAUCAGCACCUCCUUCCGUGUCUACGACACCAUCUAGUUCAAAUACGCAACAUACGAGCAAACGGAAACCUAAAAAGCUGAACGAUUGCAUCGCCAUGCUCACAGGAAAAUUAUCCGAAAAGCUUGGCGUUGACUUUUUCAAUCAAAUGACGGCAAAAACACCUGGUCCUAAAAAAUCCCCACCAGCCGUUGAGACACGAUCUUCUAAGCAAACGUUGUUUUCCACACCCAAUCCAGUACCACCACCAGCAGCACUCGCAGUAUUACCUUUACAGAUACCUCCUCCUCAGUUGGCACCACUUCCACUAGUGAUGAAUACACGGCAUUCGCCAGCUCUCCCAAAACCAGCAAUGUUGUCGCCAGUAGCUUCCAUCAUAACGCCAAUGGAAGACAUCUCCGAUGAACCACUAAAUUUGUCGAAGAAUAGUCCAAUCGGUAGAAGCAUUCCAUCUCGCACAAGAGAUAUAUACAAUCAUCAAAAAGCGGUUCAACAUCUAUCUCCUCCACCUCGAUCACCCACAACACCGUUAUCUUCUACACACCACUUACAUCCGCCGUCAUCACAUCUUAAAUCACCUCAAGCGCAGCAACAGCAACACCACCUUCAGCCACCACCACAGACAUAUCAUCAGCAGCAGCUACAUCAAUCGCCACAGAGGUCGCCAACUCCGACCAGGAAUCUUCCGUCGAUUAAACUUCCACCAGGGCUAAUCAUAGAAAGAGUCGAAUAUAAGUCCCGACCAGUUAUUUCUAAGGAAGCACCAUCUGUUACCAUCGUUGCACGGCGUCAACCACCUCCUUCAAUGGAAAAUCGCUCAGUGCCAACAUCACCGGCCGAAUCUCCCACACUACUAUCGCCAGUUCGGAAGCAACAACAGCACUACGGUGAUCCAAGGAAAAGUACUCCUCCCGUGCAGCAACUUCCAUCUCCAAAGCAGCCACAAACACCGCAACAGCUGCCUUAUCAACAGCCAUCCAUAGCAUCAACCUUACGUCAGGAAAGGCCUCUCGAAAAUCGCAUUUCAGUUACCAUCACAGAGGCGAAGAGCACGGAGUCGCGCCAUCAAAGUCAAAUCGUCAAACAGCCUCCGGUCACAUUAAAUAUACCCGAACGCCCGCCAAUUAUUGAUCGGACACCGUCGGUAGUAAAUCCUACAACUCUUAUAAUUCCUACUGUUUCCGCACCAGCAAUUCCCCCCGUUCAAUCUCACGGUUCUGGCGGCAGUAGCAAACGUAACCGUCGUAAGAGUAUGUAUGUGGUACCGUCAUCAAUCAGCGAAACGUCUACGCCAGCUCCGGUAUCUUCAAUCGCACCACCAGCCCCAUUCUUGCCGGGACUAUCUCCGUUGUCCUUUCUACCACAUUCACUGCUAGCAGGACCACCGCUUGGGUUAGACUUACAGCGUCUGGCAGCAGUCGGAUUAUCGCCUCAUUUGAAACCUCCCGUCAUCCCACCGUUGACUAUUCCUACACCAUCAACACCUUCAACAGCUGCAGCGGCUGCUUUACUAGAGAAAAUACUUCUACCCAACAGGGAUAUGAUCGUACAGCAAAUAGAGAACGCCGCUGCUCAAUCCCGCACUGUGCGUCUUUCACCGGAGAGGAAAAAAACACCAGAAGAAGUAGUUCCAGCUGCCGAAAUGCAAACAGUAUCUAAACCAGAGGAAGCUAGUCAACCACCACCGCCGCCACCACCUGUACAGGAAAAGAAAACACGUUCUCGAGCGAAAACAUCCCGAACUAAACUACCGGAUGUGGUUUCCCCGGUAGAGAAAAUGGACGUUCCUGUUUUUGAUUGCAAAAAAGUCAUAAACGAAGAACCGAAAAUUAAGCUCGAUGAGGUACCUAAAAAUGUUGAUCUACAGACUGAAAAUCCUACAGAAAAAUUAGAACAGGAUAAAACGGAUUCUUCUGCAAAACAGAUAGAUCCUAAUCUGACCGAGCAUGCGGUGGAAAAUGUUGACUCGAAAGUCACCGAAUCUGACCAGUUAGAACCACCAAAAUCUUCGGAAACUCCUACUGAAAGCCACAGCACCAGUGCUAAAACUGUUCGCAAACGACGAAAAAAUGAACUAGCUGCUAUCCUAUCUGAUCAACUAUUGGAAAGCUUCAAAGAAGUCGAUCAAUCCGCCUUACAAGAUCUCAAGAUGAUGCAUGAUAUGUCCUGCGAGAAGCCAGAUAUCAAAUUCUCGUUGGAACAAAUUCCUCAGUUGGCUAAACGUAAGAUUAAUCCACGAAAUCCAGAAUUGUUAGCUAGAAAUUCUCCUACCGUCAUUAGUGGGAAGAAAACACCUGCUAAGAAAACUGGAGCCAAGGACGCACCGCGUGAAUCAGCUACCGACGAAGUAAAGGAUAAAGAUAGGACUGAAAUCCAAGUCGUUGAAGCGAAUAUUGAACCAUGCGAAAUGAAAACGGAGUGUGCAAAGACCGACAUUGAGGUGGUCGUUGAUGUGACAAAUUCUAACGACAACAUUGCUUUAAUUCAAGAAUCAGCGAAAGAUAAAAUAGAUCAUAUAACUGGAAGUUCCGUGGCUGCUCCUGAAGAAGUGACAACGAAAACGAACACUAAGAAAUCGGAAGUGUUGUCGGACUUAGAAGAGAAACGAACUGAAUCUAGUGAAAAAAUAAAUACUCAAACACCAGCGAAGCUACCGCCCAAACGACGAACACGGAAAUUAUCUAUCGAUAUCGAUCGAAUGGCGGGUUUGGAAAGAAAAGGUCGACAGAAACAACAAUACCUUAAACAGAUGACAAAUCUCGAUUUACUAAGCAGUUUAACUUCCUCCAAAAAGACAAAACCAACCAAAAGGCAAGAUUCUCAAAAGCCCAACAAGAAAAUUUCUGCCGAACAUAAUAAAUCGAAAGAAACACCAAAAGCAGAUGAAACAGCGACAAAGAAGGAACCAUCAUUUGAGGAUACAAAAUCAAAGAAGAUACCCACAGAGAUGUCUCGCUCGAAAACUCCCUUUCCUUUUCCUAAACAGAAAAAGACAGAAAAAUCCGAUUUGGAUCGAUUGAAAGAUUCGUUGAAUAUAGAAACACCUACGAAAAAGAUUGACAGUAAGAAGAAGGCUCCUAAAAAGUCAGUUGAGAAUCCGGAAGCUACUCUACCUGUCGGAACAGCUGAGAAGCUUGCUUCAUCAACACAAUCACCGAGGAAAAAAGUGGGUUCGCCUGUUGAUCCAUCGAAAAAGCCCGACGAGAAUAUCUCACUUAAGGCAUCUUCGGCGGAAAAGACCCACACAAAACGGAAAAGUUCUAAACCAAACGAAACAGAUGAAAGUGUUUCCAAUGAUCAUCCACCUCCUAAUAAAAAAUCAAAAGACAAUAAGACUCAACAAAUCAAACAAACGUUGAAGUCUAAUUCUCCCAAACAAUUGAAAUCACCUGCACAAAUCGAAUCAAAACCGAGAAGUCCUUCGCCGGCAGUAUCUUUGAUGCCAAAGAAUCCAACGCCACCAAAGCGCAUUAUGGCACGCAGAUCUUCCGUAUUUGUGGAUAAGAACUUAGCACAAUAUAUGGAAGAGAAGGAUGCCGAACAGGAACUACUGGCCAAUAGUACCUUCAAGGAUGAUCUAAUUUUAACAUCCCGUCGGGGUACUCGCAGUCAAGGUGGAGUGGAUUUCAAUUUAGUUGCAAGUUUUGCAGAAACAGCGAUGAAACCAAGAGAUCCUAGACGAAAAUCGGCUGCGGCAGUCGCUGCAGCAGCCGCGGCCGCAAGACGAGCUGAAGAAGAUCGACGGGCUGCAGAAGAAGAACGAAAGCGCCGAGAAGAAAUGGAACGAUGUCAACAAGAGGAAGUGACGAAGAAGACGGAAUCUGCGAACAAUUUGACAAUUACGACACCUCCAUUACGCAGGAUUAGUGCUCGUCGAGCUUCGGUGUUUGUUACUCAACCCCCGGAGAAAGAAAUUGCUAAAGCUCCCGAAGAAAACCUUGCUGAGAUUGGUAAAGCUACAAAACGACAGUAUAGGCGACGUGGAUCGGUAUAUCAAUCGAUUUCCUUUUUGGACGAAGAGGAACAACAACAGAAAGAAAAAGAAAUCUCCGAAAAUGCGCGGUCCAAAACACCUGGACCUAGCGAUCAAUGGGAACAGGAUUUGAAAUCAAAUAGUCGACGACGUAAUCAGAAUUCAGUAUUCAAUGGCACACCGGAGCCAAUGAUCGAAUCCCUGUUAGAGCCUCUAUCAACGCCAACAACUGGGACAAAGCGUCGAACGAAGAACAGCCAACUUGCAGAAAAUCUUUCAAAACUGUACAACAUCGAGGAAGAAAUUCAGCUGAUUGAUCGAAGUCGACGAAAACCACGAAAGAGUAACACUCCUGUGAUAUUCGAAGCUUCUGUUACUUGCUCUACCCCUGUUCAAGAAUCGCCCGUGAAUCAAAAAACUGCUGAAACAACGAAGAUUGACGAACUGGUCAAAGUGGUCGAGAAUGAAGUAGCAAAGGCUAGUAUUGCUCCGAAACCUCGCGAUUCGCUUUCGUUCUCAAAUGAUGAUGAAGAUGAAUCUCCCAAGCUAAACAAACUCGUCCAAGACAUAAUCAAUAAAUCAGAAUCGGAAUCGGAUUCAGAAGAUGAUAACAUGUCGCUAGCCUGCUUCGUCCGUCGAGACGAAAGUUUCCUGAAACCGACUGGCCAACAGUUGACUAUUCCAGAAUCGCUUGAACAAACUGGUGAAGAUGAGAGUAACAGUGCAAUAGACGACGACAUCAGCGUGACAACGGAGAUAACUAGCUUCGGAGGCAGUAUAAAAAAGCGGAAACGACGAAAGUCUAUCUGUGUUACUAAAUUACGACGUCAGAAAAAUUCUGUCGAUGACAGCAAACCAGUAGUCAUGUUUAACUGCGAUCUGUGUCGAAAGGUUUUCAAGAAACAAGAUGCUUACAAUAAACACAGAAUGACGCUGUCACACAUCGCAAAGCUUUCCGAACAGGAAUACCUGGAAGCACAACAAAAGAAACAAAAUGCUGCAGCUGCGGUAAAACAACCGAGCCCUAUCACAACAUCGGAAAUAUCGACCCUUGCGACAUCUCCUCCCAACACAAUGAAAAAUCUAAGUCAAGAAGAGAAACUGUUCUACGAAUGCUGUUCGAUGUUGAAGGAAUCCAACGCUGACAAUGAAAAUCUCAACCUGACUGUAUCGCUAAAAUCUGAUGAAAUGACAAACCUUGGCAUCACUGGCGAUCAAAAUCAACCCCCUGAAGUGAGUGUCACAUAUCCGAAUCCGUUCGCUCCACUGCCACCUCAGAACAAAACUGCCGACAGUAGUUGCUUCAACAUGGGUGAUAGCUUUCCAUCCUUCCCUGAUGUAAGUGAAAGCGAAACCUACAUUCAAACGAUCAAUCAGAGAAGCUUGGAUGAUCCUUUCGCAAAACUGACAGUAGCUGGAACUGGACAGCAAUCGGGAUCUUCCGAAAACGAAGGCAAUCUGUCACCCCAAAAUUCAACAAAAUCUACCAGUUCGCAGGCAUCAGUGUUUUCACAAAAAACUUUCAAGACCAAGGGGGCUUUGAAAGGCUACGAUAAUUUCAAAGUUUCGAUACCGAUGAGUGGUAUUCAGAUCGCGAAAGAAUCGAAGCUAGAUACUUUGGCGGACGUCGCUCUGUGUGGAGACAUUCCAAAAGUAUUCGAACUUAAAGAUAGUGAAGAAGAAAAAGAAACCACACCGCGGAUAGAAACUCCUAAAGCGGACGAUUCUCCAAAGAAUGGGCUACAAACCGGAGAAAGACGAGCUUUAACUAAAAAGGAAUCAUCUGCAAAUAAGUUGGGUUUUCGAGCUAAGAAAAAUGCAUCAUCCACUGCGAGUACUCCUAGCAAAACUACUCCCAAGCGAUCUUUGCAGAAAAAAUCCUCUACUUUAGCAAAUACACCUCCCAGCAAGAAAUCAGAUCUGGACGAUAUAUAUGCGUUCCAGGAUUCGCCACCCGAAGAAAUGGUACUUCCUCCGUCAUAUACAUCGAACAAAAAGUUGGCUACGGGUUCAUCGCUGACUGGGAACAAAACACCAUGCAUUGCGGAUCAAUCUGCUACUACCGACCAAGGCGAAGAAAGUCAGCUAUCCAGUUUAAGCUUCUCUGAUCGGGAUGAUUUUGUAUACGGCACCAAUACGCUAAGCGAAGAAGACGAAGAUGACAAGAGUAGUAGCUACAGUAGCCUGCAGACAACACCGAAGAAACCCGUCAAGGCAGAUGUUCAAAAGAAAAGCCUCAUCAUGGGACGAAUAUUCAAAAAAUCCAAAGAUAAGCCCAAGGAUGAACAAAGUUCGAAAACUGCAGCACCCGCAGAAGCUGACAAUUUGGCCAAACCUGUGGCGAAAGAUUUUGAUAAACUGUUUGACAAACUUAAAAAACUAGAAGUAGAAAAUAAGACUGAACCGGAUAGUAACGCACCAACGGGCAUUGAACUUAGUACUGAUAGUCCUAGUUCGAAGAUGCCGGAGAAGUACGCAGAUGAAAAGGAUAACAGAAACCUACGGCGGAGAAGUACACAAAAGAAACUAACCGAAACACCGGACUCAGAUGAGUAUGAAGAUUUCAACUUGGAUGACAUCGCUGGUCUGAUAGAUAAGAAAGAUAAACAAAAAGUUGAAGAAGCCAGACUAACAUUUUUAGAGUCUGAAAAAGAAUCUGUCGAGAAGGAAGAGAAAUUGGAAGGGGCUCCUCUGAAAAUUAGCAGCAAUCAACCUGCAAAGGAUCAAACAGCAGUAAAAUCAAAAAGUGCUCCUGAGAAAAACCCCAUCGUCACGGAUGAGACAAUUCGUCAGGUAAUGGAAAGCGUCAUCAUGGAAGUGUCUAUGAGCAAAAACCACCGGACUAGGGAUAAUAAACGUCGGGUUAAAAGUAAAUCAAUUAUCAAGGGAUCAGCGGAAGGAAAUGAACCGGAGCAAGCUGUAAGUAACGAUAGUAGCUCCGAAGCUGUCAAUGCGUUAGAGGAACAUAUUCUGGAAUCAAGUGUGGUUAUUUCCUCGAAAACCAUCACCACAAAAUUUAAACAAAAACUAAAUUCAGCACAAACCGGUAAGCAAAAAUUUCAGCAAUCGAAGCAGAAACCAGUCAAAGCCGCCACUGUUGAAGAACCGAAAAAAAAAAUCGCCGAAAGCACUGUCAACAAUAACAAUACUAACAGCCAAAAGUCGAAAGUUACCACAAAAACAAAAGACCAGCGAAAAGAAUCUAUGGAAUCGACGACAAAAAAUGUUGCUACCGCUACCAAUAGUAGUGCCAAGUUGAAACAACGAAAAGGACCACAGAAGAAAAUGAAAAACAUUGCGUACGAUCCAGAUAGUGACUUCGAGGACAACAUAAAAUGCAAAAAAGUGAAGAAAAAGUUACUUGAAAGUGACAUCGAGGCUAACCUUAAAAUUGAACAGUUGAACGCAGCACUCAGUGACAGUAUCCUGAUGCCGGCACCGAGAAGGAAACGAAAUGCAGCCGAAACACUCUACUUCUGGUCUUCGUCCAGCGAGGACGACGAUCUGGAGGCAGACUACGUAGAAAUGGUAGCUAGGGGAAAGAAACAGAAAAAGAAAGCUACAGCAAAGUCAAAACAAGCGGCAGGAACGCAACAACCAAAAUCAAAGCAAAAACAAACGCAACCGCAUCAAGAGCAAACAACGCAACAACAGCAGCAGCAGCAGUCGCACCAGCAAAAGCAGUCUAUCGGUACGACGGUUGAAGUCGGUACCGGUGACGACACCAGCAGUAGCAGCGAACACAUGCAGCAGCACGGUUGGAUAGUGGGAGAUUCGCAUAAAAAACUGGUCACUCUACUCGCUCAUGCUAAAGGAAAACAGGACAACCGUACGGUCAAAGCAGCCGGUAAUCGGCGAAAGUUGUAAGUAAUGUAUUUUUGCCAGCAAAUAUUGUAUAUAGAUGUGAGUAAUUCAAAUGGAAUUGUAAGAUUCAGUGAAGCUGGUUGAAAUUUUCGGUGGGUAGAUUAUAGUGAAACUUAAAUUAUAAUUUCAAACUUUUCUUGUAUAUUCAAAUACUAGAAUACUGCCGCUCUACACAUAAUUGUCCCAUAUGCUUUGGGAUAUCUCAUAUAUAUAUAUGGGAUAAUUAGGCGUAGAACGGCAGUAUGCUGUGUAUUGGAAAAUGACAGACACAUAGACAGUCCGAUUUUUUACAACUAAACUGAAUUAUUCUUGGAAUCUUUGCUUUUUCUUUCAACUCAGAACGGUAGUUUUACUUUAACCAUUGAUGCCUUACACGAAAAAUGUCCACAGAUUUAGGGUUAGGAUAGUCCAAAAUUUAUUAGUUUUCCUUCAAAAACAUUAUUUACAAAGUAUUAAGUGUCACAAUGAUUUCCGUCUUUUGGACCUGUUGGUUGCUCUAACCGUUAUCCCAGUGUGGUAGGAAACUAGUGAAUUGGGUGUACGUUAUUUGGCCGAUAAAUCUGUUUGGCAUAAUGUCAUUUGGCAUAAAAUGAAAAGAUAUACUAUUUCCUUUAGCAUAAUUGUUGUUUGACAUAAUUUUCAUUUGGCAUAAUUUCAAUUGUGCAUAUUCUCUUAAGAUAUUCGAUUUGUUCUGGGAGUACUUUGAAAGGCUGAAAUACAUAACGGCCUAAAACGUCGGAAGCGGCGGCCUCCGCACACAAAUCUGUAAUCCACUCGUUUGCCCGGUCUAUUUAAAGCUAGAAGCUAUCCCUUGACCUCGCAUUAGAAGACCGCAAGGUCUUUUUAUUUUAUUUUCUUUUUUUUUUUAUACCACAACGAGGACAAGGCUGUCCGAGUCGUCCAAUCAUUAAUCGGAAAACCUGUAAUCCAAGUGUUUUCGGCUGUUAUGUAUUUCCAACUUUUAAAGUACUCUCAGAACAAAUUGACUCUAAAGAAAAUAUGCACAAAUGAAAUUAUGCCAAAUGAAAAUUGUGCCAAACUACAAUUAUGGCAAAUGAAACAAAAUGUUUUUUUUUUAUGCCAAAUGACAUUAUGUCAAACAAAUUUAUGGCAAUCGAAAGUUAUGCCAAACAAACUUCGAUCAAAUAACGUACACCCUAAUCUAUAAAUAUAUUUUACAUUACAUUACUGAUGAGUUGAACAUCUAUUCUGGAUUUAUGGUCGCUUUCGCUGACGGAAAAAUAAAUCAUUUUCUGGAAAUUUCAGUAAUACACUGUUAACGUAUUCGGUUUUGUGGUCAUUCAUCAAUGAUUUGAUAUUAUACAAACGACAUGUAUAUUGAAGCGUUGGAAUCACAUUGAAUCUGCUGUCUUAUCUGUCGCAAGCGUAUGCUUAAACGGUAUAUGAAAUCUACGUAUAUCUAUAUUAAAUUUAGCUCAAAAUCUGAUUAUAUGUUGUUCGAAAGUAGUUCUGUUGUCACUAUUAUCAGCUCUCACUGAAUUUUUCUUCAGGGUUUCACUGUAUCGUAUUGAGUAGGACAGGUUGGCAAACCAAGCUAUCGAAACGACAAAUGAUAUGGCUAAACGAUAGAAAAACACUCGUAAGACUGUGAGUGAUAUGUAGCAGAUGAAACAGAAGAAGUUGAAUGUUAUGGAACAUGUGUAAAAAUAUGUGAUAAGGUGGAGAAAACAGAUUCAAAAUGAUGUAGAAAAAAUAUCUCACCCUACGAUAUAAAUUAAUCACUAUGUUAAGAGAAAAAUCAACUGAUAGCAAAAAUUUACUAUACAAUUUUAGUUAAUCGAUUCUGGUAUGGAUGACAAUCCAUUUGCGUGUGAAGAAACAACAGCUUCAUAUAGCCCAACAAACCAAUAGCAAUGGUAUUAAAGGAUCGUUUUUUUAUAAUCCCUGCUGAUUGUAUAUCGUCAUAAGCUAUCACUAACCCCAGUAUCGUAGAGCAUUUUAGCUCCUAUUACAAAAAAGGUACACUGUAAAAAUGUGCUCUAGAUACGAGUUCGCUGUCGUAAAAAUGUUUCCACAGGAGAUGAAUCAUUGAAUCGUACUGAAAGUAAAUAGAUAUAGUUUUAUAUAGCAAAAACAAAACAAAACAGCAGAAAAAACUGAAAAAAAUAAACUAAUGUUUAGUCUUUUAUCAUAACCGACAAAAUAGAACAUUGAUAUGAACAAAAGAAAUACUUUGAUUUCUGACUAAACCGAUAAAACUAAAUAAUAUUAUAUUCUAGUUCAUGUAUUAUAUUCGAAAUAGCUAAAGCUAUGAACAAAACCUCUGAACAUUAUGAAGGUAAGAGCGAUUUUAUUUUAGUCCUUCCAAAUCACGUUCAAAUUACGUUUACAAUCGAACUACUGUGCAAAAUUAGUUAAAUUAAGUUAGAAAGAAUAGAAAGAGCUUUUUUUAUUUUUCCUCUAUUUUUCUUGUUUUAAGCAAACAGUCAACACUAGUGUAUAGGGAUAUAUUUACGAUACGAGAAUCGCUUACGGUUGCCGGGAUCUGAAAAAUAAAAACAAAUAGAUUAUAGGAAUUUAUCCCGUCCCAAACAUUUCACACCUGUCUAUUACCACCUAUUACGUUUUGCGUUAAUUUAAGUUACGUUUUCAGCGUGACGUCUACCAGCAAGACCAACCCCAUUCGCGCUUCAUUUCAUCACAUCAAGUUCAAUGCAAAUUGCAUGUUGUUUUUCAUUAGCAUCAACUCAUCUAACUGUUCCGGAGUCCUUUUAUUUGUUCUGAGCGUGUUUCAACACUGUAUGAAAUGACUAAGAUUGUUUUCUAUCAAAAUCAUAUUGACGAUUCAAAAGUAUGUCAAACAUAUCAAGAAACAAGUUGAGCGUGGCUGCAUAUACGCACAUUUAGUUAAUUUGUAAAAUAGCAGAUGAAUGAAUUAGCCAAUCACAGUUGAAUUCGUUGUUAAAAGCAGUUGCUCCAAUAGGUUGAACUGCAACUAACACUUGCUGAAUACAUGCUUACCUAAAACCUUUUUAGCGUAACUUUUUCUCGGGAUUCGAUAUCUCACAAAGUUACAACCAAGAAACAGGACAAUGGCAGAAAUAUUGUGAAAUAAUAACACUACCGGAAAUAGCACUCAAAGAUUUCGUAAAUUUCGCAAUAACAAUGGGUCAUCGAGAACCUUGAUUUAGAAAUCUUAAGUUUAAAAAUAAAGGACAACCUAACAGUGAAUAACUAAUCAUUUUUAAAUUAACUCUUGUCACCACUACCAAAAAAAAUCGUUUAUUUCAUGCUUUGAUCACCAACCUCAUUUCGCUAUUUCGAAUGUUCCUCCUGGAGGAGGACAUUUUGUUACCGUCUAUUGUUAUCUUAUGUUGCAUAUGUGUAAUUCAAUCUUCUUUUGAAUAACGAUGCAUUCGCUACAUUUAUUUCUUUAUUGUUGACAUCCGUGUUGAGGUGCUUUGAUAUCCGUAAGAUUGAAAAAAAUACUGCAAUGUAUAUUCAACAGCAUUUAGCUUAGCACAGUACGUUCGACAUUGACUUUUCUAUUUACUUUUCAAACUACUGUAUUAGAAAUGCUAUCGACUUUGAAAAAUUAACACUCAGUCAAUGUUUAUUCUCUUAGAGAAUAAUCAACCCUUGCUAACCCUCAGUAACUAUUAAACCGCACAUGUUUUCGGAUAAUAAACAUAUAGGCAGAACAUACUAGUGUAAAUACCGUAUUUAAAAGAAUGUACAUUUGAAAGCCUAAAAUAAAUUGGUGCAGUAAUAAAUAACGGAAUUAUAGGAUCUCAUUUGGAAAAGCCACAGUGAAAACAGAACAAAAUUGAGCAACAGAAAUAAAUUUAGCAAGUACGAUCGAAUCCUCAAGAAACAGCAAAACAUUCAGCUUACAUUACAAGUGGCCGGGACGAGGAUUACAAAGCGAAUUAUCCGAGGAGGUAGGAAAGAUUGUGACAUCCGAUACAAAUUCCAUGAAUUGUCAGAAAACGACAACUCGUCUAAUUCCACGUCAUGUAAUUUUGGUGUAAAGCUUGCAAUUUGCAAGUCUGACUAUAGUAGACAAACAAUGAGUGCAUCAAUUUUUUUCAUGAACUGAAAACAACAGGCAACAGAAUUUAGUCUACGAAUUGCCGAUAUCAAACUGAACCACUGUUCAAGAAAAGAAAAAGUAAAACUAAACUGAUAAUUAUUAUGACUUUUACUGCCAUAUUUGAAAUAAUGAUUUGUUUGUCGUUUGCGGAUGAAUGUCGAAUGGAUCAAAAAGUAAAAAAAACAAAAAGAAUGUGAAGUGUCAUAUUUUGGGAAAUAUAGAUCUAAAAACAACAUGAUAUAACUCGAAAGCGAAGUGGUAUAUAGUAACGCACGGCGUGGUGCAUGGAAUGCCCUUAGAAUUACAAUACUAGCCGUAAUUUUAAUUGGUUUUACAUUAUUGCUAUCAUUUUCCAGCACUACGAGCAUCAUUGUAUCACAAGAAAACAAACAUAAAUACACUCACUACCACACAUGCGAACGUAAUAUAUAUGUUAGUUGUUAUUGGUGCAGCGGAUAGAGGACACAAUCAGAUUUGUGUUUCUACAAAUAUUCAACCAUGCAUGUCGGUAAGUGAAAAGCAGCAUGUAUUGAAUUAAAAUUUAACCACAUCAGGCAAGCAUGGAAUAAAAACUAUGUUGAACAGAAACUGAAAAAAUGCAUUAGAAAGCAAAAGAACACAAUAGAAUUAUACCGAGUAUAUAAAAAGUAUAUAAUAUGAAUUGAAUUUAUUAUUUUUUUAAAUGAUAUGAAAUAGGUGAAA